AUGAACCUAAAGGAUGGACAACCCAAGAAGUGGGGUCAAAUCUACCUAGAGAAGCUGCUAAAUGGAGAUGAUGAGCCAACCCUGGGAUACUGGGACACAUUUGAAGCAGCAUUCUUAUGCAACUGGAAUGAUCCAGCAGCUGCACAAAUUGCAGAACAACAUGUGCACAAGCUCAAGCAAGUGAAAUCAGCCAGUGACUAUGCCUCAGAGUUCAGAAUCAUAGUAAGCAAAAUAGAAUGGUCAGACCCUGCCCUAAUUGCCUCCUUCUGCCAAGGGCUUAAGACAGAAGUCAGAAGCAAGCUGAUUGAGUACACCCUGCACAAGAACAUCACUGCAUUGGACAAAUUUAUCCCAACUGCUUGA